AUGAAAUGCAGAACCGAGUCAAGCGUUUGGAAACGACUGAAUAACCUCCCAGAAGAUCUACACAAGGCAUAUGAUGAGGUUUGGGCCGACAUCCAAAGCCUAGAAGAGCCCUACCAGGGUUUAGUGAAGCGCGCCUUGCGCUGGGUAAUGACUACGACCAUGCCGUUGAAAAGCGAGGAAAUUCUAUCAGCCAUCCGUGUCGGUCCGGAUGGCGAUAUGCUACCAUUAAGUGAUAAGCUUGAUGAGUAA